CAACGCUGGUCGCUCAUGACAGUGCUGUAUCUCGGUGUGCGCUACCUUGGAAUCCUAUCUGCUGCGUAUGUUCGGGAGGCUAAACAUUUGGUGUUGUGCUAAUCGUCUAUCUCUUAUAAUCAGUCUGUCCAUGGUCGACAAUGUUCUGACCAUCUCGCUGACAGAUACAGUGAGCUGGAUGAUGUACACUAUACUAUGGGAUUGGACGGGUGCUGUGGUAUUUGCGAUGCUGUGGGGUGAGCUUUGCACUUGCGAAACCUCAAAAGAUCCUGAUAUUUCUCGUUGUCACCUUCCUGGCAAUCAACACUUUUGCUGGAGUGACAGCCGUAAUGUCAAUGAUGCAUACUUCAGGAGGUACACUUAA